CGCACUCGAAUUUUCUUGUUGUUUACUUCGGUUCUCUGGACCGCCGCGUUUCUCUGUCGAAAUGCCCCGGGUGUCGUUUGGUGUGUUACCUCGGCGCAGUUCAACGUAAAGCUCCCCGAAGCGCGAGCAAAUCAAGAGUUGAUCGUCGUCCUGCAGUCGCUUUGCAUUUUGAACUAUUGGAGCGAAUGCGUCUUCCCCAUUUGUCUGGACGUCUCUGAAAACAAUGCUAUUUUCUGCCGACUUUAUCUCCAGCGCGUCCGAGUGCGCUGACGCCGAGAGCCGGUCAGCCUGCCUUGCAUACAGGAACUUUUUCUUUAGUUUGACGCCCGAAAUUCGACCGUGGAAAUAGACAGAAGUCACACCGCAUAUUCCACCAAUUCGUGAUUCGUCAGCUGCUCCAGUCGCUCGCGGUUCUUACCCCACUGAAUCAAUGGGCGCAACCUACUCUGUGGGUGCGACAGUUCUUGCAUCGGCCCAAACGUCGCCUGUCCAAUGACAGUGGCGGUUUUCUAGCCUCCGUGUGUCAACAAUCGCAAAGGACUUGCCUGCCUCUUUCUCUCCCAACUGGAGCCCCAUUCAGGAUCGUGGGUGCAGCUCACCUCCAGCAAAAGAGUUCCUGCAACGAAGCGGGCGUCGUCUUUAUGGGGACAAGUGUAGGCGUUUCUCGUCUGUGACCUUUCAAUGUCCGGAAAGACUCCUUUCUCUGAUUCUUUCACUUAAGCUUCUCCGGUCGCCAAGGUGGAGCGCUGUUCAGUUUUUUUCUGUUCCACGAAUGGGAGCGGAGACGACGCGGCAGGCUGAGAGCCCGCCAGGUUCUGGAGAAGAUGGCAGCACUCACAGUUCAGUCGAUGGCGCCAACUCCGGUGCUCGCUCACGCUGUCUCAGCGACGCCGACAGAGCGCGUCUGCUUGACCAAGCUGUGAAAGACAUUUGCGAUGCUGACUUUGUUGCCGUCGACUUGGAGUUCACGGGGCUGUUUCCUCACCAGUCUUCGGCAGCGAAACGUCCUGUGUGCCUCAAGUCCUACUUCGAGCGCUGCGUCCAGGCCGCGGAGUUCUUCCUCGCGCCGCAACUCGGCAUUUGCGCAGCUCGUCGUCGUCGUGCUGCGUCUUCCUCUCGCUCUCCGGCGUCCGAAGAGUCUUCACAAACCAGUGCUUUGUGUAGCUCAAAGGCGGCCGCUCGACAGCCGUCCGGCUCUUCGCAGACCGCGACGGACGACCCGCGGGAGGGCGUUCAAAGGCGCAGCGACGCGCCAGAGUCCGCCGGCGCAUGCAGCGACGAAGAAGCGGUAAAAUGGGAGUUGGCGCCGUACACUUUCUACGCCUUUCCGCAGCAGCGGAAGCAGGGGGGGGUCGACACAGCGACUCUGAAGUGGUUGCUUCAGAACGGCUUGGACUUCAACGAGUGGAUAAGCGCAGGCUUCGACUACAUCCGACUCGCGGAGCUGCAGCAACAAGCGCGCCAGGCAGGCGCGGCGAACGUAUGCAGGCACGGUGCCUCCUCGGGCAACGGAGACAUGGGGCUGAGAACCUCAAAUGGCGGGAUGAACGACGGAGACAGGAAGCCUCGAGUAGCUGCGGGUCGGCCAGCUGACCAACCGGAAGGCGAGACAGAAGAAGCUGCCUCGACGGCCCGGCGAGAAGUUCCCAAAAGUGCAGACUCGAACCGAGCUUCUGCCGGAGGCGCUCCCGGCGGCCUGGAAGUAACCGGCUUGCAGCGCCUCAUCGAAGCCAUCGUGGAGAAGGAAAAACCUCUUGUAGUCCACAACGGGCACCUCGACUUGUUGCAUGUCUUCGACAAAUUCAUUGGCAAAGUCCCCGGCACUCUGCCAGAGUUCUGCAGCGAAAUGUUGAGGCUGUUCACUGGAGGCAUUUAUGAUACGAAGCACGUAGCAAACGAGGGCAAAACGUUCGUUCUGAAAAUCGGGGAUCCGAGGACGACCUCCUUAGUCUCUCUUCGCCAUCACCUUCUCAGAAGCGAAAGCUUGUGCGUCUUCGAGAUCGCACCCCAUCGACGAAGCGCCUUUGAUUUGACUUUCCAGCAGCUCAACUGCGACAGCGGGCCGGAGUGCGGUCGAUCUCAUGAGGCGGGCUACGACGCUCUGCUAACUGCUCAGAUAUUCGUGAUGGAACUCGAUCUGUACGCACAACACCACUCCCUCCAUGAAAGUUUGGUUGGAGGCGGAAGUUCAGACCACCCCGACGACGACCUUUGGGUUAUGGAGGAACUACGAGCGGCAAAGAAACGCCGGCGAAGGCGGAAAAAUAAGCCGAAAGUUCAACCCGUGCCGUUAGACUGGAACACGCACCGGUGGUACGCUCCCUUCCGGAAUCGUGUGGGAGUUUCUGGAGUCCGGCCCGGGUACAUCGACUUGUCUGACCCGUGGACAGAGGAGAAACCCACGCCGGCGAUGCCUUCGGAAACGUGACUUUGCAUAAGAGUUCCUGAGUGUCAACGGACCUCACAUCUGCUUUUCUACUCGACAGCUCUAAAGGGAACCUGAGGAUUCAGAGGUAUUCAGUAGCUAGUAUUCAAAAGAGGGUACACUGUCCAACCCAGAUCACUGCUGAAUUCAGAUCAGAUACUCUGAGUUUCAGGCGCAGUCUGUUCAGUCGUGCUACUUUGGACUGAGAGAGCAACACCCGUAGACGGCAGGCACACGUCCGGCGGCAUGUCCCUAGGGACAUGGGCAAAACUUUGACAGGCUUUUUUGGCGCAAGGGCGCAUGCGAUAAUUGUCAAACUGAAAAGUGACGAACGUCGCCCGGUCAACUCGAUCGCGUAAAUAACGGUGCGAAGGUGUCAGUGGGAUGCUUUCCGAGGACUGAGUGACUGCGGGCGUUUCGUCUGGUGUGAAAAUACCACCAACCGUGUCAAGACUCGCUGCACCGUUCCUCUGAACGCAUAUUGUAUUUGGAAGCGUUUCUGCGGAGACGUGAGUGUUUCAAGACAAGAGACGAAUUCGCUUAAAACAGCAGGCGCGAGAGGUCAAUUGUGGAAAUGG